CUUUAUAUUACCUAUAAAUAUUUACUUGGAAUGAAGGGACUUCCGCAGCAAGAAUAUCAAAAUCCAGGAGCUGUGCAGUUUGGCAAUUUCAUUAAUUAUUAUCAAUUCAAUUCGGCGGAGCAACGUCUUGGCUUACUAUCUAAAAAGCAUUGGAAUAUAAAAAUAUAUGCCGUAGACUUGGAUCCUGACCUAAUCAAGCGAGCCCAAGCCGAUAAUAACUGUGAUAUUGACAUUGAGUUCGCCUGUUUGGAUGUUAUGGCUGUAAAAGAUUUUACAAAAAUACAAGAUUAUUUGGAUAAAUACAAGCGAAAAAAAUUUGAUGCUGUUUGCUGCUUCUCUAUAACUAUGUGGAUUCAUUUAAAUCAUGACGAUACAGGACUGCAAGAGUUUCUGAGAAACUUAUGUUCGCUAAGUGAACUGCUGGUCGUGGAAGCUCAACCUUGGAGAUGUUAUCAGACAGCCGAGAGACGGAUGAAAAAGGUGAAUAACAGUUUCCCUUUAUUUUUAAAACUGAAAUGGCGAUCAAACGUGGUGGAGGAAAUUGAAAAGUAUCUAACAAAUACCUUACAGCGUACUAAAGUAUACGAAUCACUGCCUACUAAGUGGAAAAGGAAAAUUUGUUUCUUCAAAUAAAAGCAACGCUUCGCUAAAGCGUAAGAUAUUGAAGUCGAUAUUCAGUUAGUGUGGGCAUGGUUGCUCCUACUAUGCUAUUGGACAUUAAGAUUACUUUAAGUGCCUAUUGCACUAUUUGUCUUCUGAUAAAAACUAGUGAAACUUCUAAAGACGAUUGCAAAUGUUUUCAAGUUAUAGAUUAAAGUGCGCUUUAGUU